AAACGAUCGGAAUGGAAAUCGUUAGAUGGCGAUAGGUGUUGAUCAAUUGUUUUCCAUUUAAUUUGAAGGAAAAGAAACUUAUUAAAAAAGCUACACUCGAAUUGGAAAGUGAACAGUAAAGUUUUUCUCUUUUUAUGCUGUUUUAUGUUUUAACUGUUUUGAUCGUUUUAAGGAAUUUCCAUUAAUCGUUUAUAUCUUGUUAAUGAAAUUGUUUUUUUAUUCGCCAUCUAAUUAUAAUCAUCAUUUAAUUUGCAAUUGUUAACUAUCAUUCCCAUUAUGUUCAAAACGAGUGAAACUCAACGAUCUUCACGAGAUUACCACACUGUCGAUGGAUCUGGAAUGAAGGAUGUCCAUUCCUGGUUGAAAAGUCUUCGUUUACAUAAAUAUUCUGACCUUUUCUCACGAAUGACAUACGAGCAAAUGAUGUCUCUAACCGAGGAACUAUUGGAAUCUCAAGGAGUAACCAAAGGUGCUCGACAUAAGAUCAUCUUAAAUAUAAAUAAAUUAAAGAAUCGAGUCAAUAAUACCAAAGCUUUGAUUCAAAGUUUGGAUGAAGAAGGAUGCAACUUUAUUCGUCAAGCUUUAAAUGAACUUAAAACUAUUCUCAAUACACCAAUUAAACCAUAUUUUAUCAACUUUAAUUCAUCAAAACCUAAUUCAUCAAGUUCUCCCGAUGCUUCACCACCAAAUACUCAAAAUGUUCAACCUGCUCGAAGACGAAGGCGACUUGGAUCUUCUGUUGAUUGUCAUGCACCAAGAUGUGAUUGUGAAGAUAACAUUGAAAAUCAAUACAGUUCAUUUUAUCAAUGUAAUUGUCAUGGAUCCAAUCCUGAUGAAGAUGAAUUACUGCCCAAUUUUAUAACAAAAGUUAUCGAAAAGAUUGGAUCCCUUUUCAUUUAUGCUCAAUAUGCUGAUGAUGAAUGUUUCAAAAUGUUCAAUGUUUGCACCGACAAGUGUCUCGCACAUGAGGCUUUUUCUGGAGCUCAUAAGCAACGUCUCUGUUUUUGGAAGCAACAGGUUGACUCAUUAAGAUAUUCAUUACCAGGUCGUCGCUCCAUGGGCACGAGACAAUUAAAAGGACAACGUAAACAAUGUACCAUUACAGCAUUGAAUGCAGGCAAUAACAACAUGACCAACAAUCAUAAUAAUAAUAACACUUAUGUUCACAAUAAUAAUAUGGACUUUAGACGAACUCAACCCGUGGGUCAAAUGAAUAUGACACAACCUAAUUCUAGGUUUUAUCACAACUUUAACCAUUCACUUGGAUUUCCAGGAAUGGAACGAAACAUGAACUCAUCCGUAUCUCCAACCACUCGAUCUCCUCAAAUUAACAACGAAUCUGAUUCGAUUAAUACUUACAUCGAGAAAUUAUGCUUGAGAAUGACAGAACAAGCUUUGGGUGGUGCAAUGGAUGAGGACAUGGACUUUUAAAUUGAUCAUGUAAUUAUUGGAUAUUUUUAAAUGAACCUCAAACCGCGACAAUAUAAUAACAAUAAGAUGAACACCAAACUGUUACUGAUACUGUUGAUAAAAAAGCGAUUGCUUUAAAUGAAAACUAAGAAGAUGCUUCUAAAUGUGAAAUGUAACUCUCUCAACUCUCUUAAUUCAUUUUUCUCCCUCACCCAUUAAUGUUUUAUUUCUUGUUUUUGUUUUUAUUUUCACCUUUACUCAUUCUCACUCACUCUUUCUCUCUCUCUAUUUUACCCUUUUCUCUCUUCUAUUCUUUUUCUCUUAAAAUUACAAUUGCAACAUCUUGACAAAAUUCAAGACAAAAAAUUAACCUUUUCUCCUUCUCUCUCUCUCUCUCCCUCCCAAUGUUUUCUACCUGAAUGUAUGUCUUAUCUUUUAUUACUUUUCUUAUUCUGUCUUAUAUUGCACUUAUUGGUGCGUGAAAAUGACCUUUGAUAAAGUGAAAGUGAAGGUUGUAUAAGUUGAAAAGGUGAAUAAGUAUUAGACGAAGCGUCAAAGCGAAAGACAAUCUACUGUAUCAUGAAAUAGAACUCAAAGUCGAAAUACUUGUCAGAUAUUUUUACUUUUCUCUUUAUUUA